AUGAAUAUUAAAAGUAUUAAAUGUUAGUUGGGUGAAUAUUAUACAUAAUAGGGAUGUUAAAAAUGUAUUGCUAGUUAAGGAUAUUAUUCAGUAACAUAAAAUGAUAUAAAGUGUUCAAUAUUUGAUAAAUCAAAAUUCAAAGAAAUAACCUAGAAUAAAAUGAAUUUGCUUUAAGGAUUUUGGAGACCUGAUCAUUUAUCAGAUUAUACAAGCUAUUGUCUUAAGAAUAAAGAUUUUUGUAUAGGAGGAUGGAGUUAUGGAAAUAAUUUAUGUCAUAUUGGACACAUAGGAGCAUUAUGUGAAGAGUGUCAUAUAUAAAAUAUAAUGGGAGGAGGAAAAUAUUUUAAAAGUUAACAUAAUCUUGAGUAUCAGAUCUGCUAAGAAUAAGCUAACAACAUUGCAUCGUUUGUAUUCACAUUACUAUGGGCGAUUUGUUCAAUAAUGCUGACUUUAAAAAGUAUAGAAAAAUCUAAUCUAAUGUUUUCACAACUAAAGUCCACCGAAAGAUUUAAUAAUAUAUUAUUCAAAUUAAACUAGGAUCAUCAAAGUAUUCUGAUAAAAAUGCUGUUAAAUUACUUAUGGAUAUUUUCACUAAGCUUUACUUUUAAUUUACAAUUUUCUAUUUCAUUGUUUUUCAUUGAUUCAGCCAGUAAUACUUCAUAUUUUAUGGCUAAUAAUUUAGAUUGUUAUUUGGCAAAUAUCUAAAAUGUAGAUCUAAUUUAUUCCAAAAUAUUGACUAUGUUCAUUUUUAUUUUUAUGCAAUUUCUUUUCGUUAUCACAGGAUUUAUGAUCUAUUAAACUUUAAUUAAUCAAAAAUAUAAUUCUAGCAUAAUUUCAAACACUUUACUUAGCUUAUACAUAUUUAAUUAUGCAGGUUUGAUUAAAAUGUUAUGUUCUAUAAUCUCUAAUCGAUAAGUUUCGAAUGUUAAUUAUAUUCAAGAGGAUGUCUCUUUACUUUAUGGUAAUUAAACUCAUUUGAUUUGGAUGUUCUACUUUGUGAUUCCAAUUUUAAUCCUUUUUGGAUGCCUAGCUCCAUUUUCACUCUUUUUGAUUAUGUAUUCUAAGAGAAAAUAUCUUGAUUAAAUCAAAUUAAUUUUUUUUUUUUGCUAUCUAUUUAAUGAGUAUAAUGAUAGCAGCUAUUUUUGGCAGUAAAUUAAAUUGGAUCAAAAAUUGAUUAUGAUACUCAUUUCAACAUACUUUGAAACUGAAAUAUCGAUGAAAGCAUCUGUAUUUGGUAUAAGUUUGCUAUGCUAUUAAUUAUUAACUGUAAAAUAAAAACCAUAUUUAGCAUCUCGAGUGAACAAUCUAGAUCUACAAACUGGGCAAAUUUGGGCACUGACCAUAUUGCUAGCAGCAGUACAUUAUAUUAGUGAAUAAAAUAAGAAUGGAGUUGUAUCAAUCAUUCUAUAAACGGCGAUA